CUCGCUUUUAAACUAAAACCAGAAGAGGAUUUUUCAUUCAGUUGAAGUGAAAGGAAAGAGAACAGAGAGCAAAAGAAAUGGGGAUAUUUGAGGCAUACAGAGCAAUAGGAUACAUAACAAGCGGAGUUCCUUUCUCCGUUCAGCGAUUGGGCACCGAAACUUUCGUCACUGUCACCGUUGGCAAAGCUUUUCAGAUUUACAACUGCUCCAAGCUCAAUCUGGUGCUAAUUGGUCCUCAAUUAUCCAAGAAGAUUCGAGCUCUUGCUUCGUACCGUGAUUACACGUUUGCCGCGUAUGGGACAGAUAUUGCCGUGUUUAAACGAGCUCACCAGGUAGCAAAUUGGAGUAGGCACAGUGCUAAAGUCAACUUAUUACUUUUAUUCGGGGAUCACAUUCUAAGCGUAGAUGCUGAUGGUAAUGUUUUCAUAUGGUCGUUUAAAGGAAUUGAUGAGAAUUCUGCUCCAAUUGGACAUAUCAAGCUAGAUGCCAAAUUCACUCCUACUUGUAUAAUGCAUCCAGAUACUUACUUAAACAAGGUUCUUGUUGGGAGCCAGGAGGGUUCUUUGCAGCUUUGGAACAUCAGCACAAAAAAGAAACUUUAUGAAUUCAAGGGAUGGAAUUUGGGUGUCUGCAGUUGUGUUUCAUCACCUGCACUAGAUGUUAUUGCUGUUGGUUGUGCUGAUGGAACAAUUCAUGUUCAUAAUAUACGUUAUGAUGAAGAAGUUGUAACAUUUAAACAUUCUGCAAGAGGCACUGCCACUGCCUUAUCUUUCAGCACAGAUGGACAGCCCCUUCUAGCAUCCGGAGGUUCUUCUGGCGUAAUAAGCAUAUGGAAUCUUGAGAAGAGAAGGCUUCAAACAGUCAUAAGAGAGGCUCAUGAGAGUUCAAUUAUUUCACUUCACUUUUUUGCUAAUGAGCCUGUAUUAAUGAGUUCAUCGGCUGACAACUCAAUUAAGAUGUGGAUCUUUGACACAAGUGAUGGAGAUCCUCGUAUCUUGCGGUUUCGAAGUGGACACAGUGCUCCUCCACUUUGCAUCAGGUUCUAUGCCAAUGGAAGGCAUAUCCUGUCUGCUGGCCAAGAUCGUGCUUUUCGCCUUUUCUCUACCAUCCAGGAUCAGCAAAGCAGAGAGCUGUCACAAGGUCACAUAUCUAAGCGAGCCAAGAAACUAAGAAUGAAGGAGGAGGAACUAAAAUUAAAGCCUGUUAUCGCAUUUGAUUGUGCUGAAAUCAGGGAACGAGAUUGGUGCAAUGUGGUUACAUGCCAUAUGGAUACUGAACAGGCAUAUGUGUGGAGACUUCAAAAUUUUGUCAUUGGUGAGCAUAUUCUGAGACCAUAUCCUGAAGAUCCCACACCUGUGAAGGCCUGUGCAAUUAGUGCUUGUGGUAAUUUUGCUAUUUUAGGGACGGCAGGUGGUUGGAUUGAGAUAUUCAAUCUCCAAUCUGGAAUAAGUCGAGGUAGUUAUCUGGACAGGCCGAAAGAAAGUGCUCAUGAUGGAGAAGUCAUUGGAGUUGCAUGUGAUUCUACAAAUACCUUGAUGAUAAGUGCAGGGUAUCACGGAGACAUUAAGGUAUGGGAUUUCAAGGGACGCUACAUAAAGUCUAGAUGGGAAAUUGGAUGUGCUGUGGUUAAGAUUGUUUACAAUCGCCUUAAUGGUCUUUUGGCCACAGUAACAGAUGAUUUUGUUAUUCGUGUGUAUGAUGUUGUGGCAUCAAGAAUGGUUCGUAAAUUUGAAGGCCAUACAGACCGUAUUACUGAUUUAUGUUUCAGUGAGGAUGGCAAAUGGCUUCUAUCAUCCGGCAUGGAUGGGAGCCUUAGAAUUUGGGAUGUUAUCUUAGCGAGACAAAUUGAUGCUAUUCAUGUCGAUGUAGCUAUCUCAGCAUUGUCCUUGUCACCAAAUAUGGAUGUUUUAGCAACUACCCAUGUUGAUCAGAACGGGGUUUAUCUGUGGGUUAACCGGUCAAUCUUCUCGGGAGCUCCAAAUGUGGAUUCUUUUGCAAGUGGAAAGGAAGUUGUAAACAUCAGAUUGCCAUCCAUCUCAUCUGUGGAUGGAUCACAACUUGAGGAUUCUGAUGAACCCGUUACAGACAACUCAGUUCCGAAAGAUGCUUCUGUCUCUGCAACAUUCAUUAAGCAGAUUCCAGAGCUAGUUACUCUCUCACUAUUGCCAAAAAGCCAAUGGCAAAGCUUGAUCAAUUUAGACAUUAUAAAGGUUCGCAACAAACCAAUUGAACCUCCCAAGAAACCCGAGAAGGCUCCUUUCUUCCUACCUUCAGCUUCAUCUCUUUCUGGGGAGAUAUUAUUUAUGCCUAGUGAAGCUAAUGGGAAUAAUGAUGCAAAAGGCAACAAAGCGGAAAAUAACGAUAGGAAACUUGACAUGCCGCCAUCUGCAUUUUUGCAACUUCUUCAGUCCUCUGCGGAGAUAAAAAACUUUUCUGCAUUUACUGAUUAUAUUAAAGCCUUGUCUCCUUCGGCCUUGGACAUGGAGCUCCGGAUGCUUCAGAUCAUUGACGAUGAGAAUCUCGAAGAGCUUGAUAGGAAACCUGAGAUGAUCUCAAUCGAACUGUUGUUGGAUUAUUUUGUUUCUGAGCUAUCCUACAGGAACAACUUUGAGUUCAUACAAGCUGUUAUCAGGUUAUUUCUGAAGAUUCAUGGCGAAACGAUACGACGCCGUCCGGAAUUCCUACACGAAGCAAAGAAGCUCCUUGAAAUCCAAACCGACGUAUGGCAGAAGAUCGAUACGAUGUUUCAACAAACAAGAUGCAUGGUUACCUUCCUCGGUAAUUCACAAUUUUGAAGUGUUCAAUGUGCAACUGUUUGGUAAGUUGUGUAACAAAUGCAGAGUUCCCUGCAAAAUGGGUACAUGAUUUCACCCCUGAAUUUCCCAUACAUGGCUAGAAUUGUAGAUGGAAGGGAAUGCAUGUAAUUUUUUUUUUACUGUCAAAUAUUUUUUAGUUAUAAACGAGCUUAUUUAUUCACA